AUGCCUUAUCAUGAUGAGGAGUACCCCGGUCAGCCUCUGUGGCAGUCUGUGCUGCUUUUCUGCUGCAAGGGCAUGAUCGAGGGCAUCAUGGUCAUUCUGUUCUUCUGGCUUCUGGUUCAGGUCCUGUUCUCCAAACAGUUAGAAGUUCAUCUCCAGAUUCUUCUUCUGGUUGGGCUGAUCACCUUUUGUCUGUGUUUGGUCCUGGGAUGCUUUCUGUGCUUGUGGAAAAGUAAAGUUUCUCGAGUGAAAGACAAAGCUCCUGCGACAUCAGCACCAGCUCCUGCUGAACCUGUGUCCUUUGCUCAGACCUCACCUUCUCCCUCAGCAGCAGCAACAGCAUCAGCAUCCAAGCAGCAGUUUGAUGAGCUGGAUGAAGAAGUGCUGGAGUACCCGUCCACUUUUAGCAGCGCUGCUACUUCAGAGGGUGAAUUUGGCUCUCUGGCAUUUUCAAAUCAAACUUCCUGUGAACAAAAGGAGCCUCCAAAGUCUUAUUUUUCCCUGCGCCGCCUCAGCACGCCUCUGCUUUCAUCACCCCUUUAUAAACCAUUAGACCAGAGUCAUAGCUCGCUGCCUUCCUUUCCAAAACUGGGACUACUGGCCAAAACACGUAAGGCCCUGCAGCGACGCUGCACUGUAACUGGGGAACACAUAUCUUAUAAUGAGCACACUAGACUCACCAGACCCAGUGCUGGCUCUCCUUCUACAAAAGAAAAACCUAUCCCAUUGGCCCCACUAAGCUAUGGCUCCAGUGCAAGCUGCCAACAUCCAAUAUCACCAAAACCCUGCCUCCACUUCACUAUGGCCUUCUCUCCAGAGCAGCAAACCCUGACAGUCACUGUCCUCAGCCUCAGUGGGACGCCUCACAGGCUGGAAGAUGUGUCUGUGCAGGGGAGCCUACCACCUCUCUGCCCCUUUCCUAUGCAAGCCGCUGUGCAGAGCAGCUCCAGCUCUGAAGCCCACAGCCUGGUGCUAAUUUUUAAGGUGAGCUCUGUGGAGGAGCUCCAAAGGUGUGUACUGAAGGUAGCUGUGAAUGCACGAGAACCAGCAAGCCCCAGACGCAGUUCUCUGGGUGAACUGGAAGCUGAGUGUGCAGGAAGAGACUGGACACCACAGACGCCACUUCACUUAACAAAAGAACUCAAUCGAAGCAAUCUGACCUCUCAGGAUGCACUGAUGUGUAAGGGGCUUAGCUGUCCUCCACAGAUCUUCAUUUAGCUUCAUUAUCAACUGUCGCACUCUGUUAAAGUCACGGUCCUCAGAGCUGAUAAUCUAGACAGCCUUGUUUCUACAUCAGCAGACUACCAGGUGAUCAAUCUGCACCAUGAGGGAGUUUUGAUGAGUAGCAGAGAGACUAAAGCAGGGUCCUGUAUUGUGUGGAACACUUCUUUCCUGUUUGACCUGCCUCCAGGAGACAUCAGUCAGCUGCCCCUCGUGCUUGAAUUUGUAAUAAACCAGAAUGCAGUCCUUUCAGAAGCCAGAGUUGUUGGCCGAGUCUUCGUUGGAGCAGAGGCUGCUGAUGCAGGACGUGCUCAUUGGAGAGACAUGUGCAGCCAGCAUGUGGAGCAGGCACGAUGGCACACUAUGUGGAGCAGGCACGAUGGCACACUAUUCAACCUGAAACCGCAAUAG